AUGUUAUGUUCAGCGGUUGGAAGAAGCGAAGACGGUGUCAAUGAAGCAGAUUCCUUGCAGUUUAGUCUAGAAACAUUAAAGAUUGCUACGACGAACUUCUCUGAUCAGAAUAAGCUUGGUGAAGGAGGGUUUGGUGCUGUCUAUAAGGUAUACCACUAAAUUAAAAGUGAUUUCUUAUUCUCAAGUCAUUGAACCUGAACCUUACCAAACUACUAAUAUGUUCUAAGGUACUUAUCCUUUUGUUUCUCCUUGCACUGUCAUUGAAAUCUACAUGUAAUCUUUGGCAUUAUCAUCUCAGCUAAGACUGUAUCCUCUGAAAAUUUUCAUUGAUCCUUAAUUAACAUUCAUAUCAUUUGUGCAGGGAGUGUUGGAAGAUGGGCAACUUAUAGCAGUAAAGAGACUUCUAACAACUUCUAACCAAGGAAUAGGAGAACUUAAGAAUGAGGUUUCCUUAGUGGCCAAACUUCAACAUCGUAAUUUGGUAAGAUUGAUGGGCUAUUGCUUGCAAGCACAAGAGAAGCUACUAGUAUACGAAUUUCUGCCAAAUAAAAGCCUCGACAAAUUUUUAUUUGGUAUGCUUCUAACAUGUGAUGCUUUCUCCUAUCUUAGUAUUGUCUCAUCAGUUUGUUUUAUCAUUAGCUCCUCACUAUUUAUUUCAUUUAUUUUCACAAAACUUACAUUCAAAUGGUAGUGAUUCAAGACAUGCAGAUUGUAGAUCUAAUCAGAUUGUGUCUGCAUGGUAGAUUCCUUUAGAUCCAAGGAACUGCACUGGGAGAUGAGGGUGAAGAUCAUAGAAGGAAUUGCCCGAGGACUCCUCUAUCUUCAUGAGGAUUCUCGACUGAAGAUUGUUCAUAGAGAUCUUAAAGCUGGCAACAUAUUGUUGGAUGAAGGGAUGAAUCCGAAGAUUUCUGAUUUCGGCCUUGCAAGGCUAUUUGGAAAUGAACAAAGUUAUGGAAACACAAAUCGAAUCGCUGGAACAUAGUAAGUCUGCACAACCGAUACAUGAACAACUCUUCUAUAGUUUAGUAUAUUUCGUACUAUUUUAAUGGUUUCAUAACUUCCAUAUAUAUAUAAUUUUCAACAAAGUGAACCUAAGUAUGGUUUGUCCACAAUUAGAGGAGAUGAGUCUAGAAAAUGAGCUCAAGUUGGAAUGUACUCUAGAUUAGUUAGAUAUCAGAGGAAGCUUUCCUUGGUUGUGGUACCCAUGAAACAGAAACAAGAGAAGGGCAUCUGCAAAGUGUGGUAAAGACGAGUAGCGUUAUAUGUACAAGACACUGACUUCUAUCUGUAGCCACGUAGGAAUCUUUCAUUAUUUCAUACUCACUAACAGUAUCUUUACGGAUGUAGAUUUAAACCAACUUUGCACAAUUGUAUUAUCUUUGUCAAAGAUCAUGAUCAAUGUAAAUUUGAUUACUAUCUAUCAUCCGAAAACUUGACACACAUUAUCUACUGGUGAAAGUGGCUACAUGGCACCAGAGUAUGUGAUGCAUGGGCAAAUCUCUACAAAAUCAGAUGUGUACAGCUUUGGCGUCCUACUUUUGGAAAUAGUGACGGGUAAAAGAUGUGCCGGCUACUAUGGCUCUAAUCCUCCAACUGACCUUAUAAGCUAUGUAAGAAUCAGCAUAACCUUUUAUAUCUACAUUCUGGUUAUCUACUUUGAUGCUCCUUUAUCAUUAGCUUCUCCAUAAUUUUACCUUAUCUGGAAUAUUUCUAUAGAUUUGGCGGCAUUGGGAAGAAGGGAACCCAGUACAAGUGCUCGACGAAGGCAUAGCUGAUGGUUGUUCAGCUGAAGAAGUGUUGAGGCACAUCCACAUUGGACUACUUUGUAUCCAACAUGACCCACUGGAGCGUCCCAGUAUGUCAUUGGUGGUCUUGAUGCUCAGUAGCUACUCAACAUCUCUCCCGGCUGUAUCCCCUCUUUCAAGCUUCACUUACAUGAGCACAGUCACCAAUGGAGACCCAAAAGUGACCAGCACUCCAAUGGGUGGGCCCUCCAUCCCUUUGAACCCAGUCAAUGACAUGUCACCCAUCAACUCAGACAUAACCACAUUAGAGCCUCGCUAG